GUAAAUUGAAAUGGGCUCUCUCCCCUAUAAACUUAAAAAUAAAAUAGUAUAAUAAUUUGAAACGGAAGAAGUUUUUGGAGUUAGGAGCAGUUGAUUGGUUGUUAACGUCCAACGAUCGACCUGAAUUCUAGGCACUCCCUCUCUCCCUCUUCCUUCAUCGUUUCAUUGUCUCUGUUACUCUCCUGUUUCUCUUAUUUUCUCAUCCAAUCCAAUCCCGAGAAGAUCCAACGACCCAGCACUUGAAAAAACGCUACAAAAAGAAACCGAGAAGAAGAUCGAAUCGAGAUCGAAAGCAGAGCAAACGGAUUGAGAAGGCAAUGGGGGAUAGCAGCUACAACUACAAGAUGUUCAAGUGCUUCAACAGGAAGUUCAAGGCGAGCGAGGGGGGCCCACCGCCCGACGUCAAGGCAAUCUUCUCCAAGUUCGCGCAGGAUGGGGACCUCAUGUCCGUGGAUCAGUUUCGGAGCUUUCUGGUGGAGCACCAGGGCGAGCCGGCCGACGCCGUCACCCUCUCCGACGCCCACGGCAUCCUCCAGGAGUUCUCGCGGGUCCACCCGGGCGAGGCCGCCCACCACCACCACCAGCACGUGCGGGGCCUCACCCUUGAGGAUUUCUUCAAUUUCCUGUUUCUAGAAGAACCCAUGAAAAAACAGAUACACCAUGACAUGACUGCUCCAAUAUCACAUUACUUCAUAUACACAGGGCACAAUUCCUACCUUACUGGGAAUCAACUUAGUAGUGACUGUAGUGAUGUCCCAAUCAUCAAGGCAUUGGAAAAAGGUGUCAAAGUUAUUGAACUUGAUUUAUGGCCAAAUUCUGCCAAAGAUGAUGUUCAAGUUCUUCAUGGAAGGACCUUGACCACUCCUGUGACAUUGGUCAAAUGCUUGAAGUCCAUAAAAGAGCAUGCUUUUGUUAAAUCUCCAUACCCCGUCGUUAUAACUUUCGAAGACCACCUUACUCCCAAGCUUCAGGCUAAAGUUGCAGAGAUGGUUAUCCAAACAUUUGGAGACACGCUGUAUUAUCCGGAGGCAGAAGACCAGAUGGUAGAGUUCCCAUCACCUGAGUCUUUAAAAAAUCGAAUUAUUAUCUCAACAAAACCACCAAAAGAAGGCAGUGGAUCAAAGGAUUCAUCUGAAGAAGAUGAAAAGAGUGGGAGUGAUGAUGAGCCAGCUAUUGACAAGGCCAAUGCAGCUGAAGCCAAAUCAUUCCAACAAUCAGCACCUGAGUACAAACGUCUUAUAACAAUUCAUGCUGGAAAACCUUCGGGUGAAUUGAAGGAUGCUCUUGCUGUUGGUGAUAAAGUUCGACGUCUUAGUUUGAGCGAACAGAAACUUGAAAAGGCUGCUGAGGAUCACGGAAGUGAUGUCCUAAGGUUCACAAGUAAGAAUAUUCUAAGGGUGUACCCGAAAGGAACUCGAUUCACCUCCUCGAAUUACAAACCACAUGUUGGGUGGAUGCAUGGAGCUCAAAUGGUUGCAUUUAAUAUGCAGGGAAAUGAUAAAUACAAUUGGUUGAUGCAUGGGAUGUUUAGAGCCAAUGGAGGGUGUGGUUAUGUAAAAAAGCCUGACUUUUUGAUGCACAAGGGUCCAAAUGAUGAGGUUUUUGAUCCCAAAAAGACCUUGACAGUGAAAAAGACAUUGAAGGUAAAAGUAUACACGGGAACUGGAUGGCACUUGGAUUUUAGCCGAACACACUUUGAUUCCUUCUCCCCACCAGACUUUUACACAAAGGUUUAUAUUGUUGGAGUGCCAGCUGAUUGUGGCAAGCAAAAAACAAAGAUAAUUGAGGAUGAAUGGAUACCUGUUUGGGAUGAAGAGUUUACAUUCCCUCUAACCAUUCCAGAGCUUGCCAUACUUCGAAUCGAAGUUCGAGAGUAUGACAGGUCUGAGAAAGAUGACUUUGGCGGGCAAAACUGUUUGCCCGUCUCCGAGCUAAAGCCCGGGAUUAGGGCAGUGCCCCUUUAUGACAAAAAGGGAGAGAAAUUCAAAUCUGUAAAGCUUCUAAUGCGGUUUCAGUUUGUGUGAACUUAGAACUGCCUAAUACUUCAGGAUAAAGGCACUUCCCCCCUGCAUCUCUGUUAAAAUUUUUGUUGUGGCUUCAACAACAUCAGCUGUAUGCAGGUCCAUGUGUAAUUACUAAUCAGUGAGAGUGUUGAUUA